AUGCCGAAUCUCUGCGCGACGGCCUUUGCACAGGAUGGACGGACACGACAGUGGGGCCUUGUCCUCCAGAAGCGGCUCUACGAGUUGCUUUUGCAGGCUAACACAUAUCGCAAAUCGAACGACGACGAGACCAGCAAGGCUCUGAACACUCUCUUCAGCGACCUGUUUUUCCACAGGUGGCAGGUGGUGCUAGAGCUGUGGGCAACGGGGGAGCAGUCAGGCUGGAAUGCGGAGUCUGCGGAGUACCGAGACUUCGCCUUCUGUCUCUUCGGAGGCCCCUCCCACACGAAAUGGAGCUGCGAGGAUGCCUUCAGUCAUCUCGCCGGAAGCUUGCAGAGACACGUGCCCAUGAUAGAGCCAUCGACAGAUGACUACCGCGCCAUGCGGGCCGAGCGCCAAGCUGGAAAGUCCAGAAGCAGCACAGAUCCAGCAGAUCUGAACUACGUCCAGGGUACCGCCUUCCGGCUUCAGACAGCUUCGCCGACAGAGUUGAAGUUGAGCAGUCUGCUGCAGGAGAUCGGGCGCCACUACUGUUUCUUGCAGCCCCUUGUGAAGGAGUUCCCAGAUCGUGUACCGUCGGGCUUCCUGCUGACAGAUGUUUGGCUGAGAAAGAACGACAAACGACAAAAGGGCUUGGUGAAGCCCAAGCAGGGUGAGACGGUUUGGGACCACGCUGCGAAAGAGGCCAAGCGCAUCAAGAAAUUGAUGGGGUCCCUACGCUACCUCUUCAGAAAUGGCAACGAGGAUGCAAAUCUUAUGCGGUAUCACUCUGCUUUGGGGUGGGGUUCCCCUUGCGAGCUUUCCGAGCUUUGGAAGGAUUCCCAAGUCACCGGGCACGAGCCGGACGAAGGGGCGCCCGAGGAUGAGACUGUUUCGGGCCGAGGCGAUGAUGACGAAGACUCCGGCGAGGAGUCGGGCGAGUCCGAGGAGCUCGACGAAGACCCUAAGGAAUCGGAGUCUUCGGUGGAUGAUGCAAGAGAAGGCUACUCGGGCCACACCGCAGACACGGAAGUGCCCGUGGAGUUCGAGGAAGGCCUGGCAGCCGAGCGCGAGGACGCUCUCAACUGCCGAGGUGCAGCCGGGCCAGCACCAUCGACCGAUGAUUCAGAUUCCGAGACAGGCGAGCAUCUGUCGGCUCAGAAGACUGGCAGUGAAGCUGUCGUAGCAGCAUCGCCGAAGACCCCACCCGCAGGAAGUGAUCCCGGCAGCAGCCCUGCUGGUUCGGAGGAUGGCAACAGCGAGGAUGACGAAGGCUCCUCCCAGUCUCUCAAGUCGCCGCCGAAGCCUUUGCGCAACAAGAGCGAGCACACCACCUUGAAGACACCGCCUCCUGCGAUGCCGGCUUGGAUGAAUCCCGACGAAGUGAUCACUCCGCCACCAGUCCCAGCACCCUUCAAAAAAGGGGGCAACCGACGCAAAGUCAAGAAAGGAACGAAAGAUGGCCGAUCCAAGGCCACCUUUGGCAAGCGCGGAAAGAAGCGAGCCGCCCAAACCUUGGGUGGCAAGGACUCCAAGAAGGCGAAGCACGAGGAACCGCCGGCAAAUGCCGGCCCGCGACGCGCGAUCGACCUUGACGGUGGAAAUGGUCCCUACUUUAAGGAGCACAGUCUAUCCUGGGUUCCCGUAGAAGCCAGGCCAGAGGGUGAUCUGGCCAAGCACAAGGGCAACCACAGUUACACCGUGACCGAUGGCGAGGCCAAGGUGGAGAUCCUUUUGCGACAGAAGGCAUUUUACGUUAAGCAGGCCAGGUCGGAUGCUCCUGGCCCGAAGGGUCAGAUUUCCGUUGGAAAGUACUCCAGCGUUGCGGCAGCAUGGGAUGAGGCGAAAGCCCGAAGCGGUUUGAACCUGUGA